AUGCUCUUCGUAUGGCUUGCAUUGUUCGCAUUCGUGGCUGCAAAGAGCUACAAUAACCAGGCAGGAGGAUAUGAGACGGCUGAGCAGAAACAACUCAAGCCCAAUAAACCUAUGUCGGCAGACAGUGGAGAUCAGCAGGCUUAUAACUCCGAUGGAGCCGUUCCUCUUCCUCCCCCUCCCCCUGCACCGAACAGCCCUGCAGUUCCUCCACCCCGUCCACUGCCUCAAUCGGGACCCGUAAGCAAACCGCCGUCACCUCCUUCAUCCCGACCACCUUCUCCACCUUCCGCAGCAAAGCCCUCCAGACGGGCACAACUUUCCCAAACGCUAUCUCCAGUGGCGUACAACUUCUGA